UAACAAUUUACAAAAUCAACUCUAAUUGAACACCGAUGCGAUAACGAAUUGCUUGGCCAAUUCCAAAUCGGGCCAAGCAGAGUCUUAUGCCUAACGCCCGGACCUAAUUUGAAAUCAGCCGUUGGCCGAACUGCAUUCGAUUGUGCGAACAAUUUCUCAUUCGUCGUUAAUUAAGGAAAAAGCACUCAAAAUGUCUGAGGUCCCACAAACGAAUGGACACGCCGAGUCGUCGGACCCCAAUUUGCCGCCUUGGCUGCCCAGAAUCUCGCUGCAGAAUGCAGUGCGCGCCCAGAUCGGGGACUUUGAGAAGAUACGAUCAGUAACGCCACAGCCGGCCAAUGCUGGGGACAACUACUCAACGCUGAUAGUGCGCCUGCUGGUGGAAGUCGAGCUGCUGGAUCACAGCAGCAAGGAGGUGUCCUUUGUGCUGAAGGCCCAGCAUAACAACGAGAUAAUGGCCGCCAUACUCAACAAGUUGCGUCUCUUCCAGAAGGAGGAGCAAAUGUAUCACGACCUUCUGCCCAAGUUCGAAAAGCUCUAUGCCGAGGUAGGCAAGAAAAUCCAAUUUGCUCCGAACGCCUAUAAGCUCGAUCAGGAUUUGGGCGUGGAUUAUGUGCUGCUGGAGGACUUGAAGCCGAAGUCCUUUAAGAAUGCCAAUCGUUUGGCUGGCCUAGAUCAGGAGCAUAUGCAGCAGGUGCUUACCAAGCUGGCUGCCUUCCAUGCCGCCUCCGCCUGCUAUGUGGAGCACAAUGGCUUAUUCGGGGAGGACUUCACAGUGGGCGUAUUCAGUGAAGCCAAUCGCCAGUUGCUGCAGGAGUUCAAUGCAUCGGGCGCAUUUCUAGCGCAGCUCAAGAAGUGGAAAAACUGUCAAAAUAUCUAUCAGAAGUUGGCGAAUAGCGAUGAGUAUUUGGUCAACCGCCUGCUGCAGGAUCAACAGGUGUCCACGCGGGAGUUCAAUGUGCUCAAUCAUGGCGAUUGUUGGAACUAUAAUAUUAUGUUCCUGUACGAUGCCUUUGGCAAGAUCAAGGAAACGCUCUUCGUGGACUUUCAAGUCUGCAACUAUGGCUCCCCAGCAAAUGAUCUGUAUUAUCUGAUACUUUCCUCGGCAGCGCCCAAGAUCAAGACCAAUCAGUUUGACUACUUUGUACGCUACUAUUUCGACCAGUUGGUGGGCAAUCUGAAGCUCCUGCAAUAUCAUCGGCCUUUGCCCAAGUUGAGGAACUUGCACGCAUCUCUCUUUCGCAAUGGAUUGGCGGCCUACUUGGUCGUCUCUAAGGUUCUGCCCGUUGUCAUGCUGGACAAAAACGAUCAUUCCAAUUUUGAGAAUGACGACGCCAAGGUGAAGGCCGCCAUGUACACCAAUCCGAAAUAUGUUCAGGCAAUGAACGAAAUUCUGCCAUGGUUGGAUAAUCGCGGUCUGCUCGACUGGAAAUAAUUACAAUUCAAAUGCGCAGUGCGGUUCGUAAUGAGUUAUUAAAAUUUUAACAAUGGAUCAAAUUUUGAUCACGCCAUGCUACAAAAUGUUUUACUAUUAUACGAAAUAAAAGCAUGUUGAGAAUAAUAAUAAAAGAGACACUUUGC